AUGAAGAUCGCCUCCGCGUCAACGCCGCACUGCCAGCGUCCAACGUGGUGGCCCUGCGGAGCCCCCAGGACUUGGCUGAGGUGCUUGAGCGAGUUAGCAAAACCGGGCAGCUAUUGGUGGUCGAUUACUAUGCUCCCUGGUGUCGGGCUUGUCAGAAGCUGCUACGCUACAUGCAUAAGGUCGCCAAAGAACCCACCUUCCGCGCCGUGGAAUUCGCCUCCGUGGAUUUUGACCGCUCGGAAGAGUUGGUUCAGAGUAGAAAUGUCGAUCAACUUCCCACCAUGGAGAUUUACAAAGGGCAGGAGCUAA